AUGGCAACAGAGGCAGGAAGAGAACCCGGCCUCCUUGGCAGCAGUUGGGCGCUGCUCCUGCCGGCCGCCGGGGAGGGUGUGGCCGCCUUGGUCCUGGCCUGCUGGGCGCUCUCUGCAUGUGCCAGGCGGGCCGCAGGAGGGCAGGCUGCCGGAGCAGUGUAGGGAAAGCUGCCGCCGGGGGGGUGAGAAGGGCCUUUGUGGAAAUGGGGGCUGGGCCAACAUGGCAGAAGACCCCUCCCUCCAGUUGCCUUCUGCUUGGUGGUUAAGAGCAUGGGCACAGAGCCCAAAGACCCUCUUGGCCCCAGGUUGCAAACGCUCAGCUGUGGAGUUGGGCAGGGCAAGGGCGUCUUGGAUGCCCCUCUCGGCCAGGUAGCCCAGAGGGAGGCAGGCUGGUUACGCGGCCGAGGGUUUGUGUGUGUGCCCAGAGGGUCUCUGGUGUGGAGAUCAGCCCUUCCCGUGCUUGGCCAGGAGAAGGCUGCUCCCCAGGGAGCUGAGCAGUGGCCCGGCGGGGGCAUCACCUUCUCCUCCUGCCCCUUGGCAGCCCCCUGGGGGCGGGUGUGGGCUGGAGCCAGGGGCGCAGGGGCUGACACGGCUGGCUGGGGCUGGCCUGGGGGAUCACUUUAGAGUUCACCUCUCCCCUUGGCGUCCUGCUUUUCUUCCAGGGAGCUCAAAGCAGCCCGCAUGGUCUCCCCUCCCCACGUUCCCCUCUCAGCAACCCUGCAAGGUAGGUGAGCGUGACCUGGCCUUGCCAGCCCUGCUCCUGCGCUCUGACCCCGAGCCACUUGCUCCACUUCAAUGGGUUGUUCUCUGCUUUUCAGCAGAUUCUGAGGGCUGCCUGGGGAGACCAGCCCCUCCCUGGAGACCCUCUUCCUCCUCCCCUGGCAAGGAGAUCUGGGAGCAGAGCAGCAGCAGCAGCAGGAGGAGGAGGAGGAACCCCGGCUCCUGCCUUGUUUGA